AACUCUUCAGUACCUGCACUUCAGUGGGCGGUACUUGUCCUCACGGAUGCGUGGACUAGGUUCCUGCUGCAUAAUACACGCGCACCUCCCCUUCCUCCCCCCAUCACCGUGGCUGACGAAUUCUUCGACUGCUCUCGACUUGAGCACGCCUUCGACACCCAGGAGCAGGUCGACGUCUCUCGUGACGACCCGAAAAGCGACGGAGACAAAGCUCCUUUCUUCAUCUGCGAUCGACAACCGUGCCCUAAUCGCACCCCACGGUCCAUCACUGUUGACGAAGGACACUUCGUACCAAUCCGACGGGUCCAACAUCCCCGCGGCCCUGCACUCCGGUACGCUGGUACCUCGAGAUCUACAUCUCGCCACGUCACUCCCGUCCCAUCCCGACCUGCCUCGCCAGGCACCCGCAUCCCCCAACCUGUCGCCAGUACAGGUCAAGCGCGAGGAGAUCCCUAUCUCCCUCGAGGAACUGAGGCAGUCGCACAGCCUUCAGCGACCCCUCAAGCGAUCCCCCAGCCCUCCUUGGGGCCACGGCUGGAAAGGCCUCCCAAGACCGAGUCCCGCGACACUCCGCCGCAUUCUUGGGCCAGCUCGUCGUCAGCGGUCACCGCCUCGACUUCAGUCCCUGUCCUACGUCACCCCGCCUCCAGGCUUCCUCAACCGGCUUCACCGCCGUCGCCGCCGCGAGGCCGCUCAAGCACUCGUUCCUCGAGAAGUUCGCCCGGCGGACAGUCACAACAGUCGCCUCCGUCCGCGGGCAGUCCUUCGUCCCCCUCGUCGCCGAUAAUGUCGUCCCCCCCUGCAGCCGUCCUCGACAAGGAGACAUUGAAACUCCUCCUGCCCCUCCGAUACGAUGGCAAAACCGUCAUCGACUGCGACAGGUUCUUGUCGCAGCUACGCAUCUACUGGAUGGUCAACACGUCGUUGACCACCAUCGAACUCAAGGUGCAGGUCGCGCUUAGCCUGCUCGAUGGAGAUGCCCGCGCCUGGGCCACUCCUUACUUCGCCCAGCUCGUAUCAGUGCAGAUAGGGGUGCAAGGGGCUACGACCCCGUUCGCAAACGAAGCGGCCUUUGCCGCCGCCUUCAAGGCCCGCUUCGGAAAUCUCGACGACGAGGCGGCAGCACAAGUAGAGCUGGCGAAGCUCUGCGCGGACAAGUCGGUCCGUGAAAAACGCAUCGCUGCGGAGUUCUCCGCGCUGUUCAAGGGUCCGGCGGACCGCUCUGGGUAUGGAGACCUGGAGCUACGCGACAAGUACCUAAGCGGCAUCCCCUCCCGCGUCUACCGAAAGAUCGAGCUCGAGACUUUCACCACGUGGCAAGACGCUGACAAGCGCGCCACUGAGGUCGAGCAGAUCCUCGACAUUAGCCGGGCCCGUCGGCCCGAGCUCAAUAACUUCUUCUCGACCCGAGGUCGAGGACGCGGCGGGGCACGUGGUGGUGCACCAUCGACGCACGCAGCUUCGGCCAGCAUCAAUGCGGCCGUCGGAAAAGGCAACUUCCCCGGCACAUGCUUUGGCUGUGGGAAGCAAGGGUACCAACGCUUCGAGUGCCCCAAUUGUAAGGACAAGCCUUACACAAAACGCGCCGACGCGCGGGCUACGGUUGCCUCGGGCUCCACCCAGGCUGCGACAAGCGCCCCCGUCACGACAACACCCUCGGCAAGUAUAAGUGCCGCUUCAGCGAAAUCCGAGCAAUCGGAGCUGGCGGACUUAAUGGCACAGGUGAAGUCGAUGCGCGAGGAGCUCGAGCACUAUCGAGCGAUGAAGGAGGAGGGUUUUUGA